UAGCUGGUUUACCAUGUACCGCGUACUGGUCAACACGGAUAGUGUAAGUGUUUACAUGGCAAUUCAUAAUUUCCUCUGGAGUGUAUACUUUGCGAAAUAUCAGAUGUUAAAUACAGUUCUCGGUGAAAUGGUACAUGCGGAGUCCAAACAUAUGGGUAAACUUCUUCAUAAAGCAGUUGGAUUUGUUACUGACGACAACAUUCGCGAAAAGUUGCUGCAUUUUUCGAGCCAGAUUUAUCAGAGACCUGCAACAGUUUCAUGCCAAUGGUUCGCCUUUGAUAGUGCAUUGAUCUUCUCGACAUUAGGAGCCAUCACUACGUAUCUCGUUAUUUUGAUUCAAUUCGAUGUUACUUCUCAAUAGUUAUAAUCUCCAUUCGCAAUGUAAAAGACUUAUGAAAAUUUCAUAUUUA